AUGAAGCGAAGUGAGCAAAGGAAAAUUGAACUUGAACGUGAUCGUGUAAGAGCACGUGUUGUACAAGAGCGAUAUCAAAAAAAGAUAGAUGAACGAAAUCGUGUAGAAGAAAAACAACAACAACGACAACAUAAAAUAGAAGACGAAAAACGACAACGCCAAAUUCAACUGUUACAUAAAGAACAAGAAACAGAAAAAGCGAGACAGGAGCGAUUGUUAGAAUUGCAAGAAGAACAUGAACGAAAAGAACAAGAAAGACAUAAGCAAAAAGCACAGAUAAAAGAACGGUUUGAACAAGCAAAAAAAGAACGACAUCAAAAAAUGAAACAGCACGAAGAACAAAUGGAGCAGUGGAAAUUACAAAAAUGGCUAACAAUGGAAGAAAAACAACAGCAAGUAGAACAACGACGACUGGAGAAACUAGAUCAAAUAAGAGAACGAGCGACUGCAGUAAGGUAA